AUGGAUUACAGAAGUUAUCAGCAAGUGCUAGACUUGUCGGAUCCCAAAGAGACCCUCAGAAGCAAGACCAAGGCUGCCAAACAACCAGGCGCGGUUAAAAAAAGAACAAAGAGCGGUUGCUUGACAUGCAGAAGCAGGAAAAAGAAGUGUGACGAGAACAAAAUCGACGGCAAAUGUCAGGCUUGCAUCCGCAAUUUCUUGGAUUGUUGUUGGCCAUCUUCUGCCACUUCUAGUGCUACUUCAAAUGCCAGUGUCAGUGCCCACGUUCUGCCUACUGAACCUCCAACUACCUGCGAGAAUGCAGAACAAAGACUACAAGAGAAGAAGCCUACUCAGCCCAGCAAAGGUGCUAGUGCAUAUCCCUCUCCAUUGUCUUCGCCCAAGCUCAUCACUGUGGAGGAGACCCACGAGAAGCUUAUGAAGGGUAUGUUGUCUACCAUGACCUUCGGCAAAGUGAGCAAACAGCCUCGCGCCACCAAGGCCAAGACCACGGCGUCGCUGUUUGUUGUGACGUCUUUUGACAAGGACCGGGUCUUGUGUCAAAUUGCUUCGAAGUGA